AAAUAAGUGGCAUCAUGUCGAAAUGCUUUUGAGGAUGGGACAUGAAAUCAAAGAGGAUGUCAUGGAGUACUGCGAAGGCAAUUUUGAUCUGUAUUUUGUCAUUGACAAAUCAACCACUACAGGCCCCUGGGGUGAAAUGUUUUCGUCUUGGGAAGACAUGAUGGAGAAGUACCUGAACCCUGAACUGCGGAUGUCUUACAUUACCUUUGCCAAGGUAGCUGAUAUCAGAAUGCCACUCACCGAUGACAGGAAACGCUUCCGUGAAGUUAUGGCCUACAUCAGCAAGUACUCCGUUUCGGGUUCAGUUUCCAACGUGAACGAGGGAUUGAAACUGGCUUACCAGCAGAUUGAACAAGCCAAUUCCGUUGGCAAGUCGGUUAUGAGUGUGAUCAUUGUUGUGAUCAGUGGACCUGUAAAUGGUCCUGCAUUUGAAGAAGCUAAGCAGGUGGUUAAACAGGCUCGGAAUAUGGGAUCAUUCAUUUACGUAGCGGGUGUGAUGUCAGCUCAGAGAUACCAGCUGGAAGCCCUUGCAGACAGCUGGGACCAUGUGGAAGAUGUGCAAGGUCCAACACCUAAAAUGCACUCGCAUGUGGACUGGUUCUGUACGAGGGCCUGUCUAGAACUGAGAGAGGUGCAGCCCGAUCCUGUAUGUGUGGGAGAUACCAGCGUCAACUUUAAAGGUUAUGGCAUGAAUAAUGCCAAGACUAAAGACAACAUAAUCUGCAGAUACAAAUUCAGUGACAAGGAUGUGGUUGAUAAAAAGGGAAUCAGUAUAAUUGAUAGAUUUACCAUCAAGUGUCCUUUACCUAAGAGAGUGAAACCUGAUCAGAGGAUUGUUGUGGAACUCAGCCUGAACAAAGGGAGGGACUUCCUCAGAAACAACGUCAGUAUGAGGACCAGAGACUGCAGUAUCCCGUCAACAACGACCACCACCACCACCACCACUACCACAACCACGACGACGACGACUCCUAAGCCACCCCCACCCACAACGACAACAACGACGACGACGACUACAAAGCCCACAACCACAACUCCAACAACGACCACGACCACUACCACUACCACUACCACCACCACCACUACUACCACCACCACCACCACCACCACCAUCACCACCACCACCACUCCUUCCACAACUCCGACAACUACUACCACAAAGGCGAUACCCCCCAAAACCAGUUAUCCACCUGGCAGCACUGUAGUCCUUCAGCCUCGCCCCAGUGAAGGUUUGGUGAUCAUCACCAUUUUGCUGGCCCUGGCACUGCUCUGGACGCUGCUGUGGCUGCUCUGGUGGCUGUGCUGCAGGAAAGUCAAGAAGCCACCGCCGCCAGUAAAGCCCAAGAAAGCACCACGUCCACCACCCCCUCCACCACCCGUGACGGUGUGCCCCACAGUGAUCAUCUGCUGCUGUGCCUGCCAGGGGGUGUGGGUGAGAGGACCGCAGGGCAAUCUGAAUCCCUUGUGCAACAUCAUCCCACCAAGCUGUCAACAGCUGCCACUGAUGUGGUGUCGGUCCAGGGAGCAGGAGAGGUGGCCCAGUCUCACCCUCAUGAAGAACCCCUGCAACCCAAGUGCGUGCCUUCAGCCCAGCCUGGACAGACUCCCCCUCACCUGGUGCCCACAGUGCCACCACCUCCCAGACAGGUGCUCCAGGCCUUCCUCCAGGCUCCUGCCACUGCCUCCAGCCCGGGAUCAAGCGCUCUGCAGGAACACCUUGUCCCUGCCUCCCCCAUAGCCCAACUUCAACGCACCCACACCCCACAUGAAGAGGAUUUAUUUGC